GUUUUGUGUGUGUGUGUGUGUAAAAAGGAAACGAAUGUUUGAUUUUAAUCACUAAAUAUUUGAAAAAUUCUCUGAUUUUGUUAUUACAUCGAAAAAGACAACAACAACGACAACAACAACAACAUCGACUACGAAUGUAACAAUGUCACAUUGGGAACGACAAUUCUUCAUCAUAACACGGACGAUUGGAUUAAUUUUGAUUUAUUAUUCAUUUUCAAUUGGAAUCACAUUCUAUCAGAAAUGGUUUAUCAAACGUUUCCAUUAUCCAUUGAUUAUUGUUGUUUGUCAUUUGAUCAUCAAAUUCUUGUUGGCAUCAUUAUUUCGUUUGAUAUAUCGACAGACAACUGGCAUAACAAGAAUUACAUUACAUUGGAAAGAUAAUGUUCGUCGAAUAUCAUUACCAGGCAUUGCUUCAGCAUUGGAUAUUGGAUUUUCCAAUUGGAGUUUUGAAUUCAUAACGAUCUCAUUGUAUACAAUGACUAAGUCAACAUGUAUCAUAUUUAUACUUGCAUUUGCAUUAUUAUUAGACCUCGAAAAAAAGCGAUUAUCGUUAAUCGUCAUCGUAUCCUUGAUAUCAAUUGGUCUCUUUAUGUUUACCUAUAAGUCAACACAAUUUCAAUUGAAUGGAUUUUUACUUGUACUUAGUGCAUCGAUGCUUAGCGGCCUUCGAUGGACAUUAUCACAGAAAUUGAUGCAACGUAAAGAAAGUUGUAUGUCAUUAAGCCAUCCAAUCGAUAUGAUGUAUCAUAUACAACCAUGGAUGAUUAUUGGUCUAUUACCAUUGGCAUUAAUUUUCGAAAUAUUACCAGCCAUACAUUAUAUUAAUCAUCAUCAUCCUGUUACAUUGAAUAAAAAUGAUUUUCCCACAUUGGAAAUGAUACCAGAUUUUUGGCAUCUAAUAAUGAUUGGUUCAUUUCUAGCAUUUUUAAUGGAAUUUUCUGAAUAUCUAUUGUUAACAUAUACAUCUAGUUUAACAUUAUCAAUGGCCGGUAUAUUCAAGGAAAUUUUUACAUUAUAUUUAGCCGUAAAUUUUAAUGGUGAUCAAAUGAGUUUAACCAACUUUAUAGGAUUAAUCAUUUGUUUAAUGGGCAUUAUUAUUCAUGUUAUGCUUAAAGUGAUGGAUUCAUAUUCAGCUAUAGAUUCAUCGUUAAAAAAUACAUUAUUUAUCAACAAAGAUGAUAAAUCAAUUGAAUCAAAACGAUUGCUUGGUGGUAUUAAUGGUGGUGGUGGUGGUGAUGAUAAUAAUAGUGAUAUUAUUCAUUUUGAUAUUGUUCCAAAAAUUGCCUGUGGUGGUAACAAGAAGAACAAUAAUAAUAAUAAUGAUUCCAGUGACAAUCUAAUUUUUGGGGCCAAAUCCAUCUGAGA